ACACAGGGCCCCUCGAAGAGGACUGGGGAGUGGCUAGAAUGGUGAGCACCAAACAGCGGUGACGUUGUGCUGAGACUCCGCCCCUUUCCUUGGAGCGCGGAGACUCGGGCUACGGAAGCUCCGGCCAAUCAGAGGGAAGGCCCAAGGAUGACAUGGUGAUGGCAUGCAGUCAGAGGGACUCCGGCUCAAGAUCCCUCCAGGCUCUGCGGAUGGAGGCGUGGGGGAGCCUUGGAACCUCAUAGUCUAGUUUUGAAUCCCAGCUCUGCCAGUUACUAGCCUGUGGCUUUGAGCCCAGGAUGGUUAGGUGACUUGUCCAAGGUCACACACCUAAAAGGGAGGCCAGGCACACAGCCAAGAAGUGGAACCAAAUAUCCUUUCUGUUUGUUUCUGAAACUGUUCUUGAACCAACUCAUCGUCCCUUCCUGGGGUCUGACAAGAUGUACCAAGUUCCACUGACGCUGGACCGAGAUGGGACCCUAGUCCGGCUCCGCUUUACCAUGGUGGCCCUAAUCACGGUCUGCUGUCCACUCGUCGCCUUUUUGUUCUGCAUCCUUUGGUCCCUGCUCUUCCACUUCAAGGAGACAACAUCUACACACUGUGGGGUGCCCAAUUACCUGCCAUCAGUGAGCUCUGCCAUUGGUGGGGAGGUUCCCCAACGCUAUGUGUGGCGCUUCUGCAUUGGCCUGCAUUCGGCACCCCGCUUCUUGGCGGCCUUCGCUUAUUGGAACCACUACCUCAGCUGUGCAUCCCCGUGUCCGGGUUACCGCCUUCUCUGCCGCCUCAACUUCAGUCUCAACGUAGUGGAGAACCUCGCGCUGCUCGUGCUCACCUACGUCUCCUCCUCCGAGGACUUCACCAUCCACGAAAACGCUUUCAUUGUGUUUAUCGCGGCAUCCCUCAGUUACAUGCUCCUCACCUGUAUUCUCUGGCGUCUGACCAAGAAGCACACAGUAAGUCAGGAGGAUCGCAAGUCCUACAGCUGGAAACAGCGGCUCUUCAUCAUCAACUUCGUCUCCUUCUUCUCGGCGCUGGCUGUCUAUUUCCGGCACAACAUGUAUUGUGAGGCUGGAGUGUAUACCAUCUUUGCCAUCCUGGAGUACACUGUUGUCCUAACCAACAUGGCGUUCCACAUGACAGCCUGGUGGGACUUUGGGAACAAAGAGCUCCUAAUAACCUCUCAGCCCGAGGAAAAGAGAUUCUAAACCCUUCUCUGAUGCUGGGAAGAGGCAACCUACUGCCCAGAAACAAGCAACCACUCUGGCCUUCCCUAUCUCCAAGUCCUCUCCAGGCCCUUCUCAAGCUGGGGGCUGAGGGAGAAGAGCAGGCAUGGGCAUGCCAAGGCUGGCCCCAGCACUGCUGACUUCUCCCCAACCCUCCCAAGGAUUUUCAGGAAACAUCACCACUAACUGAAAGGUCCUAAGAACUGAGCUGGUAGGAAAGCUCCACCACUUGGUGCUAAAAAAAGAAAAAAGAAGAAAAAAAAAAAGUCCUGAGGGUCAUGACCAUCUUUUAGUUUUUGACCUUUAUGAUGACACUUUUCACUGAGGCUAGGAACCCCUGAGCAGUGGCCCAUUACUUGAAGAUCAUAGCCAUUUAUCUCUAGGUCCUUCACAUGACCAACAUGUCUGGUGACCUACUGUGCACACCCCAGAGCUGUUGUCUGUCUGUGAAUUACCCAGGUGUUCUUGAUGUACACUCUUCCCUUCAGCCUCAUCGUGUUCCCGUGUAAGCCUUGGGAAAGGCUUUGCUGGUGCCUCUGAGGUCAUCUGAUAGAAUAAUGCUCUGUACUUGACAGAUGACUGAGCCCAGAAGCAUCAAGUAUAGGAUGUGUUUCCCUUCCUAUCUAAAUCACCAGCUUUUUGGGCACACUGAACUGUGACUAUAACCUUAGCACAUUGGAGGCUGAGACUGGUGGACUGCUUCAAGAUCCAUGCCAACCUGGGCUACAGUGAGAUCUUGUCUCAAAAAUGGAGUCUCAGGCAUGGUGGCACAUGCCUUUAAUCCCAGCACAGCAGAGGCAGGCAGGUAUCUGUGAGCUCAAGGCCAGACUGGUCUAUACAGUGAGUUCAAGGCAGGUCAGGACUAUACAGUAAGACCUUGUCUCAGAAAAACAAAACAAAAC